AUGUAUCUUGUGGCGUUGCUAGUAUCAUCAUGCUGUGCUGCCAGCUUCCUACAGCCAGCGACUGUCGAAACUCCACUACGUAUUGGUUCCUUCAAUAUAAAGACUUUUGGUAAGUCAAAGAUGAACAAACUUGUGGUUGCAGAGAGGAUUGCAAAGAUCGUGUCUGGUUAUGAUGUAUUAUUAAUACAAGAAAUAAAAGAUAAAGCAGGAUUGUCCAUUAUUAAACUGUUUGAUAUGGUCACUAAAUUGAAUCCUGAGUUUGGAUAUGUUAUGAGCGACCGACUUGGACGAGGAGUUUAUAAAGAACAAUACGCUUUCUUCUUCAGAACUGAUCGAGUAUAUGUAAAAUCUGAGUUUCAAUAUGACGAUGGUCCAGAUGAUGGUACUGAUGUGUUUUCUAGAGAACCAUUCUGUAUUCAAUUUUGGCAAACCAUGACUGCUUUAAUGCUUUCAGUUUUUGCCGUGUGUGGUAUACAUAUUGAACCAGGCAAAGUACCAGAAGAAAUGGAUGGACUGUUAGAUGUUUAUAAUGUAGUGGCAGCACGAUGGGGAACUCGAAAUGUUGUAUUGACUGGCGAUUUCAAUGCUGAUGGAAGUUAUCUGACUAGAACAGAAGAAGAAAAACUUCUACUAAAGAACGAUCCUCGAUUUUUAUGGGUGAUUGGUUCCGAGGCUGACACUACCACCAAGAUCAAAUCGAAUAAUGCUUAUGAUAGAAUUUUGGUCGCUGGAACAGAAUUGCAGAAUGCCAUCGUUCCUGGAAGUGGCAAAGUUGAUAGAUUUGAUUUGGAAGAGUCGCCAAUCUUGACAGAGAGUGAGGCGUAUGCUGUGAGUGAUCACUACCCGGUCGAGGUCUCUUUUAAAUUUGUUUAA